UGCCGGCCCACGGUUCACAAGUGAAGGAUCAAUUCCACAAAGGCUGCCUCUAAGUAUCUUUGGGCCGUAGGACUCGGCGUCCAGUGCUCCAGCGGAGGAUCUGAAGGGAAAGCCACCUCGCCACCACCAUGCCCAACUUUUCUGGUAACUGGAAGAUCAUUCGAUCGGAAAACUUCGAGGAUUUGCUGAAAGCUCUGGGAGUAAAUGUGAUGCUGAGGAAGAUUGCUGUGGCUGCAGCAUCCAAGCCAACAGUAGAGAUCAAACAGGAAGGUGACACUUUCUACAUCAAGACCUCCACCACCGUGCGCACCACGGAGAUUAAUUUCAAGAUCGGGGAGGAGUUUGAGGAGCAAACUGUGGAUGGGAGACCCUGUAAGAGUCUGGUGAAAUGGGAGAGUGAGAACAAAAUGGUAUGUGAGCAGAGGCUCCUGAAGGGAGAAGGCCCCAAGACCUCUUGGACUAGAGAACUUACCAAUGAUGGAGAGCUGAUCCUGACCAUGACUGCAGAUGACAUUGUAUGCACCAGGGUCUACGUCCGUGAGUGAGUGGCCAUGGGUUCAAGAGCUGCCAGAGCCCUCCUUCGUCUGCCUUCCUCCCCCAAACCACUAACCUCUGUCCCAUGCCCAUCUCCCAUCUAGUUUUUCCCUUGCCUGAGGGCCACUGCCUCCUCUAUGGCCUUUUGUUCUUUGCCUCCUCUGCCAACAGAGGGGGUUGGACUGUAAGAGUCCAGAUCCCCUUCCGCCUUUACUGCCUCUCCCCAGAUCGGCAGUUCCAGCUCCACACCAGGGUCUCCCCUUCCUUGAGACUGUCUCUCUGGCCUCUACUUUUUGUCCCCAUAGUCUGUAUGGUUUAGAAUAUUUAUUUGUUAAUUUUAUGAAAAUGCUUUAAAAAGUAAAA